GCAAAAACAAGUAAUUACUCUUCAGUGGCAGUGUUUACAUUAAGGACGGGAUUAAUCUAGUAUCCUCUCCGCAAAUAAAAACUGAAUUUAGACUCCUACUGCGUUCACCCACAAUUUGAAUGUUUAGAGUUACCAUUUGUGACGUCAUUCGUUUUCACAACAUUCUUUUCCCAUUAAUUUCCGGUCAGAUUAGGGCCACGGUAGACGUGUGAAGUUGCUGCUCAGUCUCAUUAAUGCGCAUUUAAAAGUUUUUGGAAGAUUAACAGACCAUGUCCAAGAUGCAGCAUUUCCAGACUUUUGUGUUCCUUGACCUUGAAACAACUGGAAUCUGUGGAGAUCGCCCUCGGCUGACUGAAAUGUGCCUGGCCAGUGUACACCGCUUUUCUUUGGAAAAUUCUACACAAAGCAUUGGAAAUAGGGGAAAAGCUGGUCAUGUAUAUCCCCGCGUUAUGGAUAAACUCUGCCUGUGUGUUAACCCCAAUAAGCUCGUCUCACAGAAGGCCUUUGACCUUAGCGGCUUGAGCAAUGAAAACCUGACAGAAAACUGCAAAUCUGGCUUUGACCAGACUACUGUUACACUAUUAAGGUCAUUUUUGGAGCGACAAGCCCCACCUGUGUGCUUGGUGGCUCACAAUGGUUUUAAGUUUGACUUUCCACUGCUGCGCACUGAACUAACUCGCCAGGAGGCCGACCUUCCUGAUAAUGUGUUCUGUGCUGAUUCUUACCAAGCCUUAAGACAGAUUCUUGAAGGUAUCGAAAACCCUAGAUUUCAGAGGAUCAAAGGAGGAUACAGUUUAAGUGAACUUUACAAGAGGUUUCAUGGAGUGUAUCCACUUAACGCCCAUUGUGCAGAAGCUGAUGUGCUUACUCUUAUUUCAGUUUUUCUUUCUCAUGUCACUGAGCUGUUGAAUUGGGCAGACCUUUAUGCCAAACCCUGGAAGGAAAUUACACCCAUGUACAAACCCAGUCCAUCUAAAAAUCUGCACCAAAGUCAACUUGAGCGAUAUCCUUCAAAACAAAGAUCAAAGGCUAUAAGGUCUAGUCAAAGCUUGGGCUUGGUGUAAUUGGAUGAAUGCAAGUUUUAGAAGAUGUAAUGCUUUUUAAAAUGAAUUACCUUAAGUUCACAGGAAUGAAUAUCCCAAUGACAUUUAGUAUACCUUGUGUCAUUGAAGUAACCAAACACUAACCAAAUCUUGUGAUGGCGUCUGCAGUGAAACCAACAAUUAUGAGUUUAUAAAUAACAGUAACAAAAUAAAUGACCUGACACCUCUAACAAAAUAACAGAUCACACCUUAAGAGUGUCAUAAAGGCACACAAGAACAAGAAUGGGAGAUCCUGGAACUCCUGGUUUUUUUUUUUUUUUUUUUUUAAUUUACUCGUGUAUGUUUA